CUUAUUUUUAUUCUAUUCCAUGGACCACAUUAAUUAUCCCAUAAGAUCAUAGGUUUGAAAUAUUUCUCCUACUUCCUUUCCAGCUCCUAACCCUCCCACUCCCUCAGUUUACCGUAAAUUAAACUCAAAAAUAAUAUAUCAUUAAAAGUACGCAAUAAAUCCCAAUUUUUGAUUCACAAAGUAAUACAUUAGCUAGUUUCUCUAUAAAUUGACCAAAUUGAAACUAGUGAGCUGCGAGAGUUAGAGUGUACACACAAAAUUAUCGAUUCAACAAAGAUGGGCAGCCAGAAAUACGACGAUGAUGAGCAAAUUGUUAAUAAUGCUACUAACGAUGAUGACUCUGGCAAAUUUGGUGGUUCAUUAUUUGAUGUUGGAAAAGUACCACUAAAAUUCGACAAUGAACCCGAAGUACCAAUUGAAGACAACGUAUACAAGUUGUUAAUUGAACUUAUGGGACGAGGAACAGGAAGUGAUAGGCUAGGAGCCGAUAUUGUAAUGGUUUUAGACAUUAGUGGAAGUAUGGAAGGUGAGAAAUUAAUAGAAAUGAAACGAGCCCUUCAAUUUGUGAUCAAGAAACUUAGUCCGUCGGAUCGUUUAUCGGUUAUUACUUUCUCUUCUGAUGCUGAUAGAAAAUGUCCGUUGCGACAAAUGACUCAAAAAGCUCAAGAAGAGAUUGAUUUUUUGGUGCAAAAUUUGAAUGCCGGUGGUAGUACCAACAUUACCGCCGGCCUUCAAAAAGGGUUGAAAGUGCUUGACGAGCGCAAGUUUACCACUGGGCGUUCGGGGGCGAUCAUGCUUAUGUCGGACGGUGAACAAAAUGCGGGUGGUGAUGCAACCAUGGUUUCCGUUGAACGUUUUCCUGUGUUCACUUUCGGUUUUGGAUCUGGUGGAGAGUAUGACCCUAAGGUACUGAAUGACAUAGCCAAAAACAGCACUGGAGGAACAUUUUCAUUAGCAAGUCCAGGAAAUCUAAGCAUAGCAUUUUCCCAAUGUUUGGGAGGACUUCUAAGUGUACUUGUUCAAGAUGUGAAAUUAGUUCUCAUUCCAUUAACAGAUAAGGUAAGUAGAAGAGAGAAAGUUACUACUAAAAUAAUCAAAGUUUAUGCUGGAAAUUAUCCACAAACUACGGAUGAUUCAACUGGUGCUGUAACUGUAUUUUUUGGUGAUCUUUAUCAAAAAGAAAUUCGGACUGUUCUUGUUGAUCUUUUUCUUCCUGCUGUCACUCAAGAAGUUGAUCUUGAUGCUCUUGAAAUCUCUUGUACUUACAGAGCCGAUUCUGGGAAUUUAACGAGCACCAAUCCUGCGGUUUUUCGAGUAACCCGAUCCAAAACACCGGUAACAAAACAAAGCGACGCAGCUAAAGCAGAGAUACAACGAGUAGAAAUCGUCGAAAUGAUGAAAGAAGCAAGAAAUCUCGCUGAUCAAAACAAAUUCGACGAGGCUCUCGAUAAGGCUGUCAAAGCUCAGAACUUGCUCGACGAUUUCAAUCUUAAGAAACCUAACCAAGUUAUCGAGACAUUAAAACUUGAAGUGAAUGAAAUGGUUAAGUUUCUACAAUCAGAAGAAACAUACAAAGCUAAAGGUCGUUCAUUCACUUAUUCGUCCGAAACAUCUCAUGAUCGACAACGUUUUGCGUCGAGAGGUGAUGUUGAAAAGAUACGUCCAUUCGCUAUUCCGCGUAUGGAUGAUUAUCUCGAACAAGCUAAGGCCUUCGAGAAGGACCCGACUAAACCAGUUCCUACGGCUGCAGAAGAUGAGAAGAAAGAACUCGCGGCUGAUCCGCUUAGUGCUGUUUCACCAUCUAUUAGUUAUUACCUUGCGAUCGCUAUUGACGCUCUUCAAAACAUCAAGAAAAUUGUCGAUCAAAAAUAAUAAGGUCAUAAAAUCGAAUUUCAUCUGGUCAUACCCUUUAAUCGAAAAAAAGUUGAUGUGUUAGCUUAUUUUUCUGUUGUCGAGUUAGUUUGUACUAUUUUGGAAUUUGCUUUUGGUUUGCUCAUUCUCCUUUGUUGGAAUAAAUGUUUGCAAUAAUAUGUUGCGGAUAAUUCUAUGA